AUGGAUGGAAUUAACAAAAAGGAUCACUUCGGACUUCCGCGACCGCCACCUCCACCGCCCCCAAGGUCGAGGGUGGAUCCAUCAACCCAAGUGUUGCCCCCUAUUUCAUCCCAACAUGGAAGGCAACACCAGCUGACAGUCCAUAGCGGGGGUGGCAACAGACCACUUCCAGAAGGAUUGAACCGCAGCAUCAUUCCCCAUUAUCAAUCUCAACACCCUCAAAAUCAUCCAAUCUCUGCCGGUGGUGGUACGGAAGUCUCUUCCAGAACUGAACCUGUGACUGUGCCUGAUGCCACCAGGGGUCCUCAACCAGACCCUAACUUGGACGACAGGAGACUCAGACGGCUUCUUUCAAACCGAAUUUCCGCCCAGAGAUCUAGACUGAGAAGGACCAACUACAUUAAUGAAAUGGAAACCCAGGUGAAAGAAUUUGAGGCUCAAAUAGCGCAACUCUCUCCAGAAGUGGUAUUGAUCCAGCGUAAGAAAAAGCUAUUGCAAAUGGAUAAUGAGCUCAUGAAACAAAAGGAGACAAAGCUGCAAGAACAUAUAAAUCUCAAAAAUGCCGAAACCGAUGCUCACCAAACAGAAUUAUAUCACCUCAGGCAACUCUUUGAACUGCAACAACAGCAAAAACAGGGAUGGAUGGCCGCUUGGGCAUCUGGGCAGGAGGAUUAUAUCGCAAAUCAAGGCAUGUAUUAUCAACCUUGGGCAGAGCAGCAGUUUGCUCAUCCCAACAUGCGCCAACCAUCUGGGUCUGAGAAGAUGGAGAAUUUGGGAAUAUCCAUGACUAAGGUCGAUCAGAUAGUGGCUUCUGAGGCAUAUCAACCUGGGCAGGAACGGGUGGCAGAUCCAGGAAAAUAUCAGCCUGGUGGGGUAGAGUAG